AUGGAAACAACAACUCAAAAUGAAUCAAAGAAUGAACAAGAGGACUCUAUUUUGGAAGGGAAUACAACUUCUAGCUCCAGUAGAAUAACCAAACCACUAACAAAAAAAUACAAAGAAAAAUCAGCUAAUAUCAGGCCAGAACAAGAACCCUAUACAGAUAGUUCUGCUAACAAAGAAGAAAACCCAUACUUGCAAGAUGAUGCAUCUAUCAUAGAUGGUGUGGGUUUACAAGAAAAUGAUUUAACACAAGAUAAACAAAAGAGACUUUUGUUACCUUCAAUGGAAAUAGACAAUGUUAAAAGAAACUUUACACCAAGCAAAGAUAAGGACCUCUUACCUGACCCAAUAUCAGCACUACGUGAUAAACUGGCUGCACUGUAUCUUAAUGCAGAACCACAGGCAGGAAACAAAAACAUAGAAGAAACAUCACCUAUAAUGGAA